AUGCGGUCUCGUCCCUUCACUGUACCACAGGCUAUCCUGCUCCCGUUCCUGUCAAUAUGUCUCUUUACUAUACAGCUCGGCCUCUCGAUAAGCGACCUUCCAUCCAUAAAGCUUAUGCAGGAUAUAGUGUGCAGGCAGGUCCAUCAAAUCGAUAGCCCGGAGCUCCUCCCUGAAGAAUUUUGUCGAGAUGAACCGGUACAGUACAGACUCAACUUUAUUGUUACUGGGAUGCAAAUCGCUGGCACUAUUUCUGGUAUAAACAUCAAUCUACUGCACUCCUUCGGGAAUUCUGGGCUGACCUUGUUUGCAGCUGCUCUGGUAGCUUUCCCGUUGGGGCUUCUCGCAGAUCGAAUCGGCCGUCUUCCUGUACUCGGUGCAAGCAUUUCCAGCGUGCUACUCUCCCAAAGCUACGCCAUGAUCGUGUGCUGGCAAUCAGGCAAUAUCCCACUCGAAGCUAUUUGGGGUAUCGGUGUUCCGUUGCUAUUUGGCGGAGGCAGGAGUGUUGCAGAAGCUAUGGUGUUUGCCAUGAUCGCGGAUGUUGUACCCGAAGACAAACGAUCAACGUGGCUUCAGUACAUUGUCGCAUCCGUUCUCAGUGCGCAGCUUGUUGGACCUGUGGUAUCGGGGAAGCUCCUCCAGUCCUCCAUAUGGAUGCCACUCUUCUUAUCCUUGAGCUUGGUAUCAGUCGGUGGUUUCAUUAUCAUCGCCUUUACACAGGAGACUUUGAAGCAAACUCAGCCUCAGGACAAUGGCAGCACAAACAUUGAUCCGUAUACCUAUGGUCUCGAGUUGGACAACCUCAACUUUGAGUUGCCCAAGAAAACGCCAGCACUGGCCACGGUCAAGUCGAUGUUUUUCAGGCCUCUUGUCUGGCUUCUACCAGGUGCCGUCAUGACAAUACCACUGGCUACGACGCAAACCGAAAUCAUCAUCCGCUUGAUGCCGAUUCAGUUCGAUUGGCCUCUCCACCGUUCUAUACUUAUCGUGUCUCUACAAAGCCUCGUCACACUGGUCACCCUGAGCAUAUUACUACCUGUCAUCACUUACACAUGGACCAAGUUCUCUCGCUCGUCAGCUCAUUUUCGAUACUCCAUUCUAGCUCGUUCGAGCUCCUUUCUAUUCUUUUCCGGCUGUCUCUGCAUGAUGAUGGUCACAAAUGAGUCAUUUAUCAUCACCGGUCUGAUCAUCGCAGCUCUCGGUUCGGGUUUGCCUACGCUGUGUCGAGCAAUGCUAGUUGGAAUGGUGGACAAAGGCCGUGCAGGGACUCUAUUUGGGAUACUAGCAGUUGGAGAGAUCUUGGGGUUCCUCAUUUUUGAGACAAGCAUGGGGGCAUUAUUCGGUGUUGGUUUGGGAUCGUGGAUUGGGGUGCCGUUUUGUCUGGCAACAACCGCAGCUCUCUUGAUAACUCUGUCAACGGCGUUGACGCCUACGAGGAUGCUGACGGCUAACAAUGCACAAGUAUGCAUGGCAUGA